AUGUUCGAGUUGUCAAGAGGGGUAUGUCGCAACAACACAAAACGAAAUACUUGUUGUGAAAAAGAGAUUCCCGACUGCACACGUUAUUUCAAUGGGAGAUGUAUACAAUGUUCGAAUAAAAGUGCUCUAUAUAAUAACACGUGUAUAAAAAGAGAAGAAAAUUGUCAAACGGAAUCCCCGAAUGGUUUAUGUAUAAGAUGUUCUGACGGCUAUUUUUUGAAUAACAUUUUCUGUGAAAAAUGCAAUGAUACGUGCUCCACGUGUCUGGAUCGCAACACCUGUUUAUCGUGUAUCAAUUCCUCAUUCUAUAUAAGUCGUAAUGUGUGUAAGUCGCAAGAAGAUUUGGUUAAUACGUGUGUGCAGUAUAACGUGAAUGGCGGAUGUUUCAUGUGUGCUGAUGGGUAUUAUACACACGAGAAGAGUUGUGACGAAUGCAGUGACGAGUGUCUGACGUGUUUUUUGAGUUCUACUCAGUGCACACGAUGUUCGCAAAACUACUACAAAAACGUCUCUGGUGUUUGUAAGCCCAAAAGUGACAUCAUUGGCUGUUCUGUCCCAAUCACUGAAAAUGGCUGUUCGAAGUGUCUCGACGGCUUUUAUAACAAACAAAAUGAGUGUUUUCUAUGCAACGAGACGUGUCUGACGUGUCGGGAUGACUCAACCUGCACGUCUUGCACCAAUAACAAAAUUUUCAAAAAUGAAAAAUGUUAUUCAUCUGCUGACGUGGCACAUUGUCGAAAAGUCAACAACUCAAAAUGCGUUGCAUGCGAAGAUGACUGGGUGCCCAGUCAAGAUGGGAAGUACUGUGCGGAACGGAAGACGUGGUGGAUCUGUGUGACAUUUUCCAUAUGUAUAGUUUUAUUUAUUAUACUGAUACUAUUAUUUAUUGUAGUGAUGAGUAAAGUCAUGAUGAUUCGGAGAUUUAAGAACACUCAAAAGAAACUGAACGCCGUCUUUGAAAUCACGAAAGGAACUCAUUUUGAGAAGAAAAUGGAAUACAACGUGUGCGCGUCGAAAGCGACUUUGACGUUUUCGAAGCACUUUGAAGUAUUGGAAAGUUCAGAGGACCAAGCGAUUAAAGUCCUUGAGAAGUCGUCAUUGAGUUUUGUAGUGGCGAACAAAGGAAAGAAGACGGUCCGCGUUGAAAUAGUCUCACCGAAGAGUUUGAAGUACACGAUGACGGUAACACCGAAGUUGUUGUUACUACGAAAGAAUGAGGGGACGACUGUGAGUGUUUCUGUAAUACCAAAAUGCACGACGAAAGUGGAGGGGAAGCUCAAUCUCAUAAUUAAUCUAUUAGAACUGAAUAAGAAGGCGAUUGAUGAGAUUGGAUUUUCGUUUGAAACGGAGAUCUCGAAUAAACUUGAUUAUGAUGAUAUUGUAAUAGAGAAGAAGAUUGGGGAAGGAGCGUUUGGAGUUGUAUAUAAGGGAGUGUAUAGACGUAACAUUGUUGCUGUCAAACAAGUCAAAGAACAACAUCACUCCUAUGAAGUAUUUAAGGACUUUGAGAAGGAAGUGAGUAUGUUGGAUAAGUUCAGAAGUGAUUAUAUAGUCCACUUCUAUGGGGCGGUCUUCAUACCAAAACAACUGUGUAUGGUCACUGAAUACGCCACGUGUGGGAGUUUGAAAAGAGUUAUGGAGACGUAUACGUGGCAACAAGUGUCUUUGAAACUGAAAAUUAAGAUGAUGUUGGACUGCUCGUUGGGAAUAUCAUAUCUCCACAAUAACGGAAUACUGCAUAGAGAUAUUAAACCAGAUAACGUCCUCGUGUUCUCUUUUGAAGACUUCGACGACAGCAAAACGCCAAACGCGAAGUUAAGCGACUUUGGUUCGUCAAGGAAUUUCAACCAGAUGAUGACGAACAUGACAUUCACAAAAGGAAUCGGGUCACCAGUUUAUAUGGCGCCAGAGAUGUUAAGUCAACAACAUUACAAGAAGCAAGCAGAUAUAUACUCCUUUGCAAUCACAAUGUACGAGACCUUUUCGUGGGAGGACGCAUACAAGGGCGAUGCGUUUGAGUACAUGUGGUCAAUUGCGUCGUUCGUGAUGGACGGGAAAAGGCUUGAAAAGCACAAAAGAAUGACGGACGAGAUCUUCAAUGUGAUACAAAAGUGUUGGGACCAAGACAAGAAUAAGAGGCUGACAAUUGACCAACUCGUGGAGACAUUGCACAAACUAUACUUUAAGUCGUAA